AUGCUUACCCACAAAAAGCCUCGGUCGGCCAAUCGGUCGUCGCUGCCGCCGUACGGGUAUAUAUUGCUAGGCUCGGUGCUAUUUUGCAUCUACUACUUCUUUUUGCUGCUGCCCAUACAGCGCCCAACAGUUUCUGUGGAGCAGGCUCCAUUUGAACCCUCGAUUCCGCCGGCGCCCUUAAAACAACAAUUCCACAUUAAGCACGUGUUCCAUCAUGGCACCGGCAAGUACAAUCGUGUACAUCGGCGUCUAGAUAUCACUCCUCAGUACUUGAGGGAGCGUGAGAGGGUGGACUAUGGUGCAGACACUGUGGCUGUCAAUUCGAACGACUUGAACGAGAUCUAUACGAAAACAGACUGGCCACAGUCCAAGAAGGAGAAGGAUCCCUGGACUGUUCUGCUUCCCUUGCGCCGCAGCCUGGAGGGGGUGAAAGUGACUCGCUUGGCUGAACGACACACGCCCAACUUCUUGGACUCGUACCUCCAGUAUGCGAUCUCCGUCAAGGGCAACCCGGCCAAGCUCCAGCAGAUCAAUCUCGAAUGGUCGCCCGAGGAGAAGAUCUCUGUGCCUGACGUGCAUGACAAAGAUACGCUUGUGUCUCUUGCCUUGAUGUCCUCCAAUGCGUACGUCAGACUCCCGAAAAAUGAGAAGGAAAAGAAGAAACUGGACUGGAUAGACGUAGGCGACCCUUGGGAUGUUGACCGCGAAAAUCCAGAUAUCAAUUUUGGCUGGCUCGAGGAUGGACUCCGUGGCCAUGUCUUUGUGAGCAACGACACCAAGACGGUUGUAAUAGCCAUCAAGGGCACAUCUGGCGCCGGUAUACCUGGUGGAGGCUCCGACGAAACCACCGGCAAUGAUAAAACGAACGAUAAUCUUCUUUUCCUGUGUUGUUGCGCAAGAGUAAGCUACUUGUGGACCACCGUUUGCGACUGCUAUGAGAAGACAUACACAUGCAACCAAGACUGUUUGGAGUCUGAGCUAAUACGACAGGAUAGAUACUACCAGGCGGUCCUUGACUUAUAUCGAAAUGUGACCAAGUUGUAUCCACCCGAGAAGACCGACAUUUGGGUAACUGGCCAUUCGCUUGGCGGAGCAUUGGCUCUGUUAUUGGGCCGAACAUAUGGCCUUCCUGUGGUCGCAUUUGAGGCUCCUGGUGAAAUGUUGGCUACAAAAAGACUCCAUUUACCGCAGCCGCCAGGAAUCCCACCUCACAUGGAACACAUAUGGCACAUUGGAAACACUGCGGACCCUAUAUUCAUGGGUGUCUGCAAUGGAGUAUCAUCUUCUUGCUCACUUGCAGGAUAUGCAAUGGAAACCACCUGCCAUACGGGACUGCUUUGCAUCUACGAUGUUGUUACAGAUCUAGGGUGGCACGUCAACCUUUUGAACCACAGAAUCCACACAGUUAUAGACGAUAUCAUUCUCGCGUACAAUGUGACGCCCACAUGUAUUCCACAGCCGCCAUGCCGAGAUUGUUUCAAUUGGAGAUUCACCUCACGAGAUGACGACGAGCCGGAUGAGCCCCAUAUCCCCGACCCAUUCAAGAGUACCUCCACACACAAAGAAACACUGUUGACUAUACAGCCCACACACUCAGAGGAGCCCACUACCAAAACCACUAAAACAAAAGAUCCAAUUACAACAACAACUACAACACAUGAGCCGGCGCCUACGGAAACAGACAGACCAAAGAAGUGUUUGGAGAGAACAUGGUAUGGAUGGUGCCUGAAAUGGGGAUAUGAUGACAACGAUGACGUUGGUGAUGGCGACGGGAGUAUCGAGGACUACAAGUGA